AUGGUGAGAAGUAACCAAACUUGUGGGGUAACUGAGUUCUUCUUCUCAGGAUUCCCCCAGUUUGAAGAGGGGAGCCUCCUUUACUUCAUCCCCCUCUUAAUCAUCUAUAUAUUCAUUGUGAUUGGGAAUCUCAUUGUCUUUUUUGCAGUCCGAAUGGACACACAUCUCCACAACCCUAUGUAUAAUUUCAUCAGUCUCUUCUCCUUCCUGGAGAUCUGGUAUACCACGGCCACUAUCCCCAAGAUGCUGUCCAAUCUUAUCAAUAAGAGAAGGACCAUCUCCAUCUUUGGCUGCCUUCUGCAGAUGUACUUCUUCCACUCACUGGGAAACUCUGAGGGAAUUCUUCUGACCACCAUGGCCAUCGACAGGUAUGUGGCCAUCUGCAACCCUCUUCGCUACCCGACCAUUAUGACUCCUCGACUAUGUGCCCAACUCUCUGCAGGCUCCUGCAUCUUUGGUUUUCUUGUGUUGCUCCCAGAAAUUGCAUGGAUUUCCACCCUGCCCUUCUGUGGCCCCAACCAAAUCCACCAGCUCUUCUGUGAUUUUGAACCUGUGUUGCAUCUGGCCUGCACAGACACAUCCAUGAUUCUGGUAGAGGAUGUGAUCCAUGCCAUUGCCAUCAUCUUCAGCGUGCUGAUCAUUUCCCUGUCUUAUGUCAGAAUCAUCAUUGUCAUCUUGAGGAUCCCCUCUGUCGAUGGCCGCCAGAAGGCCUUCUCUACCUGUGCCUCUCAUCUGGGGGUCUUUCUGAUGUUCUAUGGCAGUGUCUCCCUCAUGUACCUGCGAUUCUCUGCCACAUUUCCCCCAGUCCUGGACAAAAUCAUUGCACUGAUGUUUGCUGUCCUGGCACCUUUUUUCAACCCCAUCAUCUACAGCUUGAGAAACAAGGACAUGAAGAUUGCAAUCCAGAAGCUCUUCUGCUUUCAUAAGGAGUUUAAUGCAUCUACAAGUUAG